UAACUCGAUUUCAAACCUAAUCUAGACAUGAACAGCCUUUACAGUCACCUAAUUGAACAUUUUCAGCACGCAGGAAUUUAUGUGUUCCCGAUAUGAUUUUUAGCUGCUGGUGAUUACAAUUCCGUAGAAAAUACUUUACUCUUUUUAAUAUUUUCCCCUCAAAUUCAGCAAAUUCUUUAUAGACAUCGAGAAAUGGCUUCAUCCCAAUAUAACCAAUCCUAAAUUUCCCCUUUUUAAAAAAAAUAAGAUAAAAAUCCAGAGAUUGAAGCAGCAUCAAUGGAGGCGCUCUACUUGCUGGCCUCCCUGACCACCACCCUCCUCACCUCCACCGUCCACUCCCUGCUCCUCCUCCUUCGCCUCCUCCUCCCCUUCGCACGCCGCCCCGCCCCCUCCCCCGCCGCCGCGCGGCUCUACGAGGGACGGACUCGGCACUCGCGGCGGCGGCCGGCGGGGCACGCCUUCGAGUACCCCGUGCGCUACGCGCUCGUCGACCUCGACCUCCUCCCCCUCCCCGGCCACCUCUCCGCCGCCGAGGCUCGCCGCUUCGCCUCCACCUCCGGCCCCGUGCGUCUCCUGACGAUACCCAAAAGCGUUGGAUACGAGCAGAACCCGCUCAGCGUCUACUACUGCUACGACGAGGCUGCGCCCCAAGGACAAGAUGCAGACCUCAAGAUGUGCAUCGCUGAGGUCACGAAUACUCCCUGGGGAGAGAAGGUGUUGUUUACCUUCCAGCCGGGAUCUGAUCUCGUUGCAAAGCCUUUGCAUGUCAGCCCCUUCAUGGAUAUGCUUGGCAAUUGGAGUAUUCGUGCUGACACUCCAGGGGACAAUCUCAAUGUGGCUAUUUCAGUUCAGCAUCCAACACUUGGGAACUAUUUUACUGCAGCUUUGCAUGCCAAGUUAGUUGGUGAGACGAGUGACUCGGUUAAGCUAGCAACGUUCUUCUGGCUGAUGCCUCAUAAGGUUGCCGCAGGGAUAUACUGGGAGGCCUUCAGGCUUUGGCUGAAGAAUGUCAGAUUCCUGGACCAUCCAAAGUACCUGAGUCUGAAUUACAGGGAUGAUGCUCUGAAGCGCGACCUCAAGAUCCGUUCCUCCUGCACCUUCCUCCAGAAACAGAAAGCGGACAAUGUAAGAAGCGGAAAGACACCUGAUGAUGAAACGACGGAGUCGAACCAUCAGGAUCACAAAGAUGGUGGACGGAGUGUCAAGGGGAGGUGGUGUGUGUGGAGGGAUGCUCAGUGGCCAUGGUGCUGAUGACAGCACCAAGAGAGGAGAGGAGAGACAGACCAUUUGUGUUCAGUAGAUCAUCGCCUCAUCACAGGUCAUUUGACUGACGUUCUUCUGAAGUUUUUUUCGAAUACGCAAAAGUGUGACAAGUGUAGAAACAGUUCAUCAAUCAUCAGUGUAUAUUCAGAAUGAAAACCAUUGGAAAUAACAAGCUUGCAGGUUGUUGAGAAAAUACGUGUUUGUUGCUUCAGUA